AUGUCGAAUUUCACCAAAGUUGCACAGCAAUGGGUCUUUUCAAGGAUAUGGUAUUUGAUUGAUGCCAAGAUGCAACCACCUGGAAAGAUUGCAACUAUGUGCUCCGUCAGACUGCAGGGGAAACAUAAACCGAUCUACAUGCACUGAGUGAGUGAUUGUGGUGACCACGUUGUAGUGAUAAAUACAAGGCACAUUGCAUUCUCUGGAAAUAAGUGGGAACAGAAGGUGUACUCCUCUCACAGUGGUUAUCCUGGUGGAUUUAAGCAAGUGACUGCUACCCAGCUACACCUGAAGGAUCCCACUGCAAUUGUAAAGUUGGCUAUCUAUGGUAUGCUGCCAAAGAAUUUGCAUCGAAGAACCAUGAUGCAAAGGUUGCAUCUCUUCCCAGACGAGACAAUUCCUGAUGAAAUACUUAAGAACUUGGUAGAAGAGCUCCCACAGCCGCGCAAGAUUCCCAGAAGAUUGAAUGAGUACACUCAAGAGGAGAUUAAUGCCUUCCCAAGAUUAUGGACACCACCCGAGGACUACCGAAUGAAGUGAAUACAUUCCCAAAGGAAGAUGGAGAUAAUCCAAAAAUCUAUUUAUUUUUCACAUUUCUGGUUUUCAGAAUUAAAAGUGGUUUCUUUCCCAUA